AUGUCUGAUACAAAAAUUUGCAAUAUAAUUAAUAACCUCACUUUUACUGAAAAAGAAAGAACAACAUUAUGCUCUUAUUUUUAUAAAAAUUCCGAUGUUAUAGAUAAAGCAAUUAGUUAUCUUGAUACUUGUAAAACGUCAAAUGAAAAACUUGAUUUCAUUAAAGAGACUUUCCUUAAGAAUG